CAGGAAGGGGGCAAAUACUUUUUCACAGCACUGUAUAUAUGCAAGGAUUUCUCCUCCUUUGGAAAUAACGAAGUUUGUUGUUUAUUUGCAGAGCCUCGCUGCUGAUUCAAACAUCACACCCAGAGAAGCGAAAUAUAGCCCAGAAUGCAUUGUUUUCAACAAUUUUGGUAGUAAACAGUAUGUAGCAGUCACAAUUUGGAUGCCUUUUUUCAGCCAUUUGAAACCGUGUGUGUUCAUGUGUAUUCUUUAUUUAUUUUAUAUAUGUGUGUACUUGUACUUACACUGUGAAGACCACAAGGAAGUUAUGGACCAUAUGGACAUUAUGAGAAAGUAGGGAUGUUGGGGAUUUUAUGGAAAAGUGAGGACAUUUUGGCCGGUCCAAGUGUGAAACGUCAGGGUGAGGAUUGGAUUUAGAUCACGGUAGGCACUUAGGUGCUUUGAUGGUAAGCGACUAUGGCUUGCAUUAUGCCAAUGAGUGUCCAGCGUUGAAUAUGUGUUUGUGUGUGUGUUGUAUUGCACAUUGCACAUUAUGCAAUGUACAAUACAAGUUUCACAGAAUCCAAAGGGGCAGUAACAGGUGAGCACUUCAACUAAAUCUGCAAUUUAUCUAAGGACAAAAUGGGCAAAAUCGCAUGUUUCUCAUGGGUCAGUGCGGGACUGUUCGGGGUAAAGCUUUCUCCAGGGAACUUGUUUCGCCGAACUGGUCCCUGGGCGAUUGCAAUGAAAUCAUCUCGGGGCCAGCGUGAAGAUAAGAUAAUCCGCCAUUUGUCACCUCCCCAACGGAGACAGCAGCUUUAAAGGGAGUGUCUCUGCGCUUGUUUGAGUACAGUUCCUCUCAGACACCUCCAAGAGCCCGUCGUCUCUCUGUGCGCAAACAUGUACCCAGACUUUUCCAAGAACGCAGUGGAGAAGCCGGAGCCUACUAAGGCAGAAGUAAAAGGGAGCAUCCCCGAUUGGUUGCAAGGCACCCUGCUCCGCAAUGGCCCCGGCAUCUUUUCUGUGGGGGACACCAGUUACGACCACUGGUUUGAUGGGAUGGCCAUCAUGCACAGCUUCGCCAUUAAAGAUGGUGAAGUGACCCACAGAAGCAGAUUCCUCAGAGGGGACACAUACAAAGCAAACAUGGCUGAAAACAGGAUAGUUGUGUCUGAAAUGGGGACAAUGGCCUAUCCGGACCCCCGCAAGAACUUCAUCUUCAAGGCAGUCACCUUCCUCAACCACACGGUGCCCGACUUCACCGACAACGGUGCGAGCAAUUUCAUCAAAUACGGAAACGACUACUAUGCCACCUCUGAAACCAACUACAUCCUCAAGAUUGAUCCUGUGACCCUGGAGACUCAGGAAAAGGUGGACUACAUGAAGUACCUGCCUGUAAACCUGGCUUGCUCCCAUCCGCACUACGACAAGGAGGGCAACGCUUACAACAUUGGAACUUCAAUAGCAGAGAAGGGCAAGACGAAAUACACUCUGUUCAAAGUCCCUGCUGCCUCAGAGAAAGACAAGGACAAGAAUGCCCCCGCGCUGAAGAACGUGGAAGUGGUCUGCACAGUGCCCUGCCGCUCCCUGCUUACACCGAGCUACUACCACAGCUUCGGCAUGACGGACAAUUACUUCAUCUUCAUCGAGCAGCCGUUCAAACUGGACAUCCUCAAGAUGGCCACGGCGUACAUGAGGGGAGUCAGCUGGGCAAGCUGUCUGAAGUUCUGCCCUGAGGAAAAUACUCUGAUCCACCUGAUAGACAGAAAGACCCGCAAAGUGGUUGAGACGAAGUACUCCACUGGAGCAAUGGUCGUCUACCAUCACGUGAACGCUUUCGAGGAAGACGGCCACGUGGUCUUCGAUGUCAUUGCCUACGAUGAUACCAGCCUUUAUGAAAUGUUCUACCUGAGCAAGCUGAAGGAAAACGCUGGCCAUGACGAGAGUUACUCCAAACCAACCUACAGGAGAUUUGUACUUCCCAUCCAUUCCAACAAGGGCAUUGCAGUUGGAGAGGACCUGGUACGGCUCAAAAACACAACAGCCACCGCUGUGAAGGAGAAAGAGGGCAAACUGAUAUGCCAGCCAGAGGUGUUCUGUGAAGGUUUGGAAUUACCCAGAAUCAACUACAACGUCAACGGACAGAGACAACGUUUUGUCUACGGCAACUGUGUGAAGGAAUCUGCACUGGCAAAAGAGAUCUCCAAGUUUGACACAGAAACCAAGGAAAUGGUUUAUUGGACUCAGGAGAACUGCUGGCCCUCAGAGCCCGUUUUCAUCCCCAAACCAGCCGGAGAGGCAGAGGAUGAUGGUGUUGUCUUAUCAACAGUUAUCAACUCCAACCCAGGCCAGUCGGAUUUCAUCCUGAUUCUCGACGGCAGCACAUUCAAGGAAGUCGCUCGUGCAAACUUGAGCACGGCGCUCCACAAGGACAUGCAUGGAUUCUUUAUCCCGCAGGGCAAUUAAUUAAUCAUUAGGAUAUGUAAAAAAGAGAAAAAAUAAAUGACUUUAGAGAACUUUCCACCAAACCAAAAGUGCUUACAAAUAGGAAUGCACAGGGAAGGAAUGUAUUUGAACAUUGAAAACAUUGGGUUUUAGACCAAGGCGGGAUGAGGUUCCACUAACAGUAGUUUCAUGGACCGCCUCCUCACUGUCAAAUUGAACAUACUGUAUCACAACAAAAUAAUUUAUUCCUACUUUUAGUGCAUGUUCAUUGAUUUUGUGUGGAUCGAUUGAUAACAUGUAUAUAUCAUUGUGUAUUAUAUAACCUGCAUUAUUCUAUUGUACUGCUACACUUUCAGUGUACAAAAACAAAA